AUGCGGAGGACGCGCGGUCUUCCACGUCGGGACUAUAAUGCUCUACACAAUGGCUUGGUUUCUUCGCCUUCAGAGCAAUCUGAGGAAUCUACCUGUGAAAGACACCCUUACUCUCCUGAGCUCUCCCCAUCUAGGGACCCAGAAGACACACCUCACUCGAAGCGAUCUUACUCUUUGCUUAGCUCCUCGCCCUCCCCGCUUGAUCCUGCGUUUUCGGAGAGCAGGAGCAAUACGAGUAGUCCACACCCGUAUAAAAGACGAAAACCCAAGUCGUAUUCUAGUUGGACCAUUGAGCACUUUUGGACCACAGAUCUGGAUAACACUUGGUGUCGGCAGGGUGGCCCACCGAAAAAAGACCGACUGCUUAUUUGCAAGCAUUGCAGCUGGUCCUCCAGAGAUUCAGCACGCUACGGUUCCACUUCGAAUUUAUUGGUGCAUCUCCAGACCAAGCAUCGUAUCAAGUCUGGGCCGGACUCCAUCUUCUUACCCGCGGUCGAAGGAAGCCUCGACCGGUUCUUGGCGUCACCGAGAAAGAAGGCUAGCGUUGAAGAAAUGCUAGUCCAAUGGGUCAUUCAAACAAGACAGCCUUUCACAGUGGUGGAGCAGCCGGCUUUCAGGGCACUUAUCGAAGCAACAGGGACUACUUUGCCCAUCAAAACCGCUGAUACUCUCUUUAACCGAAUUAAGGAGGAAUUCCACUCGGGUAGGGCUUACGUGAAAAAUGAACUUGCCAGGAGUAGCCGGACACUCGCAUUAUCUCUUGACGUGUGGACGUCAGAAAAUCAGAUUGCGAUAAUGGGUAUCAUUGGUCAUUGGAUAUCCCCUGAUUUUGAAAAGCGAGAAGAGCUCCUUGAGUUCACCGAAAUUAAUGGACCCCAUUCUGGAGAGAACCUUGCGGAAGUUGUACUGAAGAUGCUCGACGAGCUAGACAUCGCGCCUAAGCUCCUGACCAUCACGGGGGACAAUGCGGGCAAUAACGGGACACUCUGCGAUAGCCUGCAUGACCAGCUCCUCAAGAAGUAUGAUAAUGACGAUGACCGCUUUCGCAUCAGGCCUCUGAUGCGGUUCCGUGGACGACAGAGCUUUAUUCCUUGCCUUGCCCAUGUCCUCAAUCUAAUUUGCAAAGAUGUAUUAGCUUCUUUAAAGGCUGGUUCAGCUCGAGAAGCGAAGGCGAUACUGGACGAUAUGGCCAUUCAUACUAGCCCAGCAUUCAACUCUCUUCACAGCACGAAAGGAGCAAUUAUGAAAAUCCGAUUGCUGACGCUAUGGAUCGCCCGUAGCCCACGGCGCCGCCAAGAAUGGAAAGAAGUAUCACCAAGCAAAAAAGUCAGUUAUGACGUUGACACCCGAUGGAACUCAACAUAUCUCAUGAUUCAAGAUGCCCUUCGGCUACAAACUGAGCUGGGGCAGUUCGUGCGGAUACAUCCAGAAGUUCAGGCCCUCCAGCUUAUCGAUGACGAAUGGUCGACACUUCAGCAAGUAGCCAAGAUUCUGAAGCCGUUCUGGGACCACACAAACUCGGUUUCAAAGGCAUGCCCAACAAUUGUGGAAAGCCUACCGAUUUACUGGAGCUUGGAUGACUUGUUAAAUGACGUUCGAAAUGCGGAGGGAGAUUUUGAAGAUGUGAACAUUGAAAUUCGCGAUGCGGUGGAAAGAGGGAUUCGGAAGAUGAACAAGUUCGCUAGAAAAAUGGACGACAACCUUCUUUAUUAUGUGGCUUCCGUGCUAGAUCCGCGCAUCAAGUCUGCGGGAAUUUCUAAAAAAAAAGAAUACCCUCCAGAGCCAUUCGUGUCGCGUGAAGUUGACCAUCUACGUCCACCUGGGAUGUCAGAAACAAUGUGGAAGACUCUGCGCAAAGUCCAGCCAUCCAAAGAGGUCUCUUUGUCGGAUAUUGAUAAAUAUUUGGAUUCCCCGCCGGUCAACUGGUCCCAUCAUAUGAUCGGCGAUGCAGACGCAGAAUGGGUCUUAAAGUGGUGGAAGGCUAACGCGUUUAAUUUCCCACUGAUGGCAAAAGCCGCUCGCGAUUAUCUACCCAUCCCUUCAGCAGAGGUCGGGAUUGAACGCGAGUUCAGCAAUGCUCGAGAUGUUUUGGGCCUCCGAAGGCACCGUCUGACGCGGAGACUAUGCGAUGGCUGA